GAAUUAUGUAUUUUUUUUCUAAAUUAUGAAUUGUUUAUUUUUGUCAAACCGGUUUCAAAAAUUUGAUAAGGAAUUAUAAUAAAGAUUACAUGGAUAUAGCUUUAAUAAAUAGAUCAAAAGCUAUGUCUAUAAGUAAAGAUUGUAGGGCCAGGCAUGCUUUCUAAAAAUAACUAACAUAACAACGCAUGGCUUCCAAAUUGCUUUCAUCUGGGCAUUAUAUGCCAUUAUUAGGUCUUGGUACAUGGCAGGCAGCCCCGGGUGAUGCUGAGAAGGCAGUGUUGGCAGCACUUGAGGCUGGUUACCGUCAUAUCGACACCGCUACAGUUUAUAAAAAUGAAAAGGAAGUUGGAAAUGCCAUUCAAAGUUGGUUAAAGUGCGGAGCUGGAAGAAGAGAGGAAUUAUUUGUCACAACCAAGCUCCCACACAUUGGUAACAGACCAAAUGACGUUAAAAUAUAUUGUACCAAGUCCUUGCAAAGUCUCCAGCUGGAGUAUCUGGAUCUCUACCUGGUACACAUGCCAUUCACAUUCAAGCCUGAUGAUACAGGAGAAGCACCAGCUAAACACAAUGAUGGCACUUUUGUUUUGGAAGAAACUGAUCACAAAGAAAUAUGGAAUGAGAUGGAAAGUCUGGUGAAGAGUGGCCUGGUGCGUUCUAUAGGAGUGUCUAAUUUCAACAGUAAACAGUUAGAGCGAUUGCUGAGCUUUGCCGAGAUCCAACCAGCUGUUCUGCAGGUAGAGCUGCACGUCGCACUGCAGCAGCCUGAGCUACAACAGCUGUGUCGCAAUAGCUGCGUAACACUCACUGCAUACUCCCCUCUCGGCUCACCAGGCUCCAAGGACCAUUUUAAGAACAAAUAUGGGAGGAAUGAUUUUGACUUCCCAGAUAUCCUCAAUGAUCCGAGAGUGAUUGAAAUUGCUGAGAGAUUAAAACGUACACCAGCUCAAGUACUCCUUAAAUUCCUUGUCCAGCAGGAGAUUGCUGUGAUUCCAAAGAGUGUGAACCCACAAAGAAUUAUUGAGAACUCUCAGAUAUUUGAUUUUGAACUGCCUCAAGAAGACAUUGAAAGACUACAAUCUUUAGACCGAGGACCGAAAGGACGAAUUGUGAACUUUUUGUUCUUUAAAGGAGUGGAGUGCCACGCCGAGUAUCCGUUUGUCUCAGAGCUACAACAGUAGAUCACUGCAGUCUGUAGAGCAUCUUACGCUGCAUACGAUGCUGCAACUCACCUCGGCGGAUCAUCGUGUGGAUCACCUUGUAAAUUGCACGUUCUGGGUAUUUCUGAAAUAUAGUAAAUGUCAAACGAUGAUUAAAAAUCAACAGUUGAAAUUGUCA